AUGAAAGCUGACCGCAACACAAAAUCUGGAAAAUCACAGAACAUAAAGACUAAACACAAGCGGGAUAAACUAGGGGGAUUCCGUAAAACCCCAUCCUUUGUAGUACAAACAACCUCAGAAAGAGGAACAUACUUUGUUUUAUUUCUGCCUCUUGUAUAUCUUGCCCAAGAAGGACUUGAGCACGGCCUGCACAGGUUUGCUAGGGUGAGCCUCGAUGGAGCUCGUGAGCCUCUCAUAGCUCUGGCUUUCGUACUCGGCAAAUACGCCUUGGAGAUUGAGCUCGUUGUAGAGGGCUUUGAUUUUCGCAACGUCCGCUGGACUUUCCUUUCCAUAGUGCUCCUGAGCUCCAGGGCUUUCACGACCAGCCAAGAACACUUGAAGUCCUCAAUAUCUGUUCCAAUCUGA